CGUGAAUAUACCUAGUUAUGUAUAUGGUAUUACAAAUAAUACACCUUAGAUUACUUGUUACUAAUGUUAAUAUGAUCAAAGUGUAACUUCUAAAUUAUGCUAAUAUUUUAAAGAUUUGUUUAUAAUUAUAGUGAAAUGGAUUUGACGCAUUUGAACUAUUGUGUUUUUAUACAAAUAAGUUUUCUAUUUACUUCUGUGUCCUCCGACAUAUUGGAUUCUGAACAGUCCUCAUUCCUGGGGUUAACCCGCGAGGUGGUACUCAGCGGCAGCACGCUGGAAGCGGUGGAGCAACUCGAGAAGGCGGUGUAUCAACACGUGCGCGGCGACCGGCGUGUCAAGAGAUACUUCGACGCGUACGACACGCCCUUCGUGGGCAACGGACGGAGGAUGAAUGGCGAUAAAUAUGACGAUUACUAA